CCGCCGAGCCCGCCAGCCGGGGCCAUGGGCUGCGACGGCCGCGUGUCGGGGCUGCUCCGCCGCAACCUGCAGCCCACGCUCACCUACUGGAGCGUCUUCUUCAGCUUCGGCCUGUGCAUCGCCUUCCUGGGGCCCACGCUGCUGGACCUGCGCUGCCAGACGCACAGCUCGCUGCCCCAGAUCUCCUGGGUCUUCUUCUCGCAGCAGCUCUGCCUCCUGCUGGGCAGCGCCCUCGGGGGCGUCUUCAAGAGGACCCUGGCCCAGUCGUUAUGGGCCCUCUUCACCUCAUCCCUGGCCAUCUCCCUGGUGUUUGCCAUCAUCCCCUUCUGUCGAGAUGUGAAGGUGCUGGCCUCUGUCAUGGCACUGGCGGGCCUAGCCAUGGGCUGCAUCGACACCGUGGCCAACAUGCAGCUGGUGAGGGUCUACCAGAAGGACUCGGCCAUCUUCCUCCAGGUUCUCCAUUUCUUUGUGGGCUUUGGUGCCCUGCUGAGCCCCCUCAUUGCCGACCCCUUCCUGUCUGAGGCCAACUGCUUGCCUGCCAACGGCACGGCCAAUGCCACCUCUGGAAGCCACCUGUUCCACGCCUCCAGGGUCCUAGGCCAGCACCACACCGAGGCGUGGCGUUGGUCCAACCACUCGCUCUCCGGGCUGCCUGCGCAGGACCGGGCAGGGACCCGCGUGUCGUAUGCCUUCUGGAUCAUGGCCCUGAUCAAUCUCCCGGUGCCCAUGGCUGUGCUGUUUCUGCUAUCCAAAGAGCGGCUGCUGGCCUGCUGCCCUCAGAGGAGGCCCCUGCUCCUGUCCGCAGAUGAGCUGGCCCUGGAGACGCAGCCUCCCGAGAAGGAAGACGCCUCCUCACUGCCCCCAAAGUUUCAGCCACACCCAGGGCACGAGGACCUGUUCGGCUGCUGGCAGAGGAAGAACUUCAAAGGCGCCCCUUACUCCUUCUUCGCCAUCCACGUCACAGCCGCCCUGGUCCUGUUCAUGACCGACGGGAUGACGGGGGAGUACUCAGCCUUUGUGUACAGCUAUGCAGUGGAGAAGCCGCUGUCUGUGGGGCACAAGGUGGCUGGUUACCUCCCCAGCCUCUUCUGGGGCUUCAUCACCCUGGGUCGGCUCAUCUCCAUUCCCAUCUCCUCCAAAGUGAAGCCAGCCACCAUGGUGUUCGUCAAUGUGGUGGGCGUGGUGGUGACGUUCCUCGUGCUUCUCGUUUUCUCCUACAACGUCGUCUUCCUGUUCGUGGGGACAGCCAGCCUGGGCCUGUUCCUCAGUAGCACCUUCCCCAGCAUGCUGGCCUACACUGAGGACAUUCUGCAGUACAAAGGCUGUGCGACCACGGUGCUGGUGACAGGGGCAGGAAUUGGCGAGAUGGUUCUCCAGAUGCUGGUUGGUUCGAUUUUCCAGGCCCAGGGCAGCUAUAGCUUCCUGGUCUGUGGCGUGAUCUUUGGUUGCUUGGCUUUUACCUUCUAUGUCUUGCUCCUGUUUUUCCACAGGAUGCACUCUGGACUCUCGUCAGUUCCUACCCAGGACAAAGCACUGGGAAUGGAAAGCCCAGAGUGCUACCAGAGGUAAAACUGGGGGAAGGGGGCAGGCGAAGACGGCCGGCCUCUCGAGCACCAGCACAGACCAAAGUGUUCAAGAAAUUGGG